UAUUUCCUGUAAAGAAUUAUACGCGGAUAAAUAAGAACAAUAAUGCCAACAAAUAGUGUUUAUUUUGAUUAAAAUAGAAGCACAAUAUGGCGAAUAUUAUGAUUUGAAAUCUGAGAAUAUAGCAUAUGAAAGAAUAUCUUUAUACCUAACACCAUGCUACAAAAACUGGAGUUUUCAGAAUGCCUCAAAGACUCUCCAUUCUUCAGGUUUCAGAUUGAACAGAAUGAACAAGAUAUCACCAAAUUGGAAGUUGAGCUUGAAAAGCUUAUCAAAACAUGUAAUACAGUGGUUGAAGUUGGUAAAUCCUAUGGCAAUGCUGUAAGUGGUCUCAUCAGAGGUAUUGAUUCCUUGUGUAUGUAUUUCAAUGGUGAUGGUGUAGUCACAGAAAACCUUGGCAAAUUCACAAAUGUUCUCGAGGAAUCAUUGUCUUAUUUUAUGAUACUUAUGGAUCAAACUCAAUGCUCAAUUGCAAAUGCCCUUCAGAAAUUUCUCAAGGAAGAACUUAAGAAAGUAAAAGAAACCAAAAAGAUUUUUGAUAAAAUGGGUUAUGAUCUAAGCAAUGCUUUAGUAAGAAAUUCACAGCUACCAAAAAGUAGUAAACCUGCAGAGAUUGAAGAGGUUAAGAACAUCGUUACAGCAACAAAAGUUGGCUUUGACCAUUUAUCUUUGGAUUACACAUUUCUAAUAAAUGUUUUGCAAUCAAGAAAACGAUUUGAGAUUUUGGAUGUGAUGUUGGCGUAUAUGCAUGCCCAGUACACAUUCUUUCAUCAAGGAUUUAACCUGCUCAAAGAUAUUGAGCCACAAAUGCGAUCGCUUGGAAAACAGCUAGAGGAACUUUCAGUAUCAUUCGUAGCUGAGAAAAAAGAGAUGGAAGGCAGGCAUCGGCUCGUCCAGGGAAGGGAAGACUCGCUAUUCGCGACGGUCAAUCCUGUUCGAUCUUCCAGUGACGUUGUUUUAGAAGGAUAUUUAUUCAAAAGAAGUAAGAAUGCGUUCAAAACCUGGCAAAGGAGAUAUUUUACGAUACAAAACAACCAAUUAUUUUAUCAACACAAAUUUAAGGACGAAAAAACUGUUUUGGCUGAAGAUUUAAGACUUUGUAAAAUACGAGAAGCUGAGGAUACUGAUCGAAGAUUUUGUUUUGAGCUCAUAUUUCCAACCAAGGUGGUUAUUCUUCAAGCUGACUCAAAAUAUUUGCAAGACAUGUGGGAGAACGCUAUGAAGGUCAGUAUAGAUCAUGCAUUUGGUUUGCCACAUUUGGAUAUGAAUAAUGACGAGGAUUCUCAGAUGUCUAGCAACACAUUUCUAUCAAUGACUGUGACCAAAAGUCGAAGUUUAGAGUCACUGGAUAAGUUGUCAAUGCUCAAUGCAGAGAAAGAAAUUAAAGAUAUAUUUGGCAAUAAUGAAUGUGCGGACUGUGGGAAACAGGAUCCAAAAUGGGCUAGCAUUAAUUUAGGCCUGGUGUUGUGUAUUGAGUGUUCGGGAAUUCACAGGAGUUUGGGAGUCCAUGUAUCAAAAGUUAGAUCACUAAAUCUUGAUGACUGGGAACCGGAAUCAAUAAAGGUUAUGAAGGAACUUGGUAAUCAGGUCGUAAAUAGGAUUUUAGAAUCCAGAACAGACGCCGGAGUUCAUAAACCUUCCCCUGACAGUAAAAGAGAAACGAAAGAGGAGUGGAUAAAAGCAAAAUACAUUGAAAAAACAUAUUUCUGCUGGAGAAAAUGUAUCGAUAAAAUUCCACUCGAUGAGCGCGUUCUUCAAGCUCUUGACAAAAUUCCUGGGCAUCAUGUUGGCGAGCUGAAACGAGGAGGAACUAAAAAGAAACUAGCUCGUAGACGACCAAACUUAAAAAGUUCCAUAUUCAAAAGAUUUAGUAAAAGUGAGAGAAAGAAUUGUGAAUCUUUGAAGAUGAUAGAAAAACCAAGAGAAGAGAAAGCUCAAAGCUCGGAUACGACAAGUCCUGAGCUUUCUCCGGAGAUUAAACGAAGUGGGCCGCCCCUUCCUUUACUGAAGUCACCCACGAAAUCUAGGUCUCCACAGGACUCCAGUGAUGAAUCAGGAUUCUCAUUCAAAGAACAGGAAAAUGAGGUGGGAGAAUUCUCAGAAGAAGCAACACCUUUACCAAUAAAGAUUCAUGAGAAUAUCCUCAAAGCUCAACUUAUUGGAAUUGACCGAAAUUCCGUUGGAAGUUGUUAUGAUAACAUUUUGCACAGAGAAGAUGUGGACUCUGAUGCAAGUAUUGAGGAAACUGAUCUAGUUCAUGAUUUCCAUGAAUCUGAUGUUGAGACUUAUGAGUCGACCGGGAAAGAAACACAUGAAGAGAUCAGAGUUUUACCAAAUGAAGAAUCUUUACCAAAUGAAGAAUCUUGGGCAAAUGAAGGAUCUUUACAAAAUGAAGGAUCUUUAGUGUUGAGAGCAAGAGAAACAUUGAAGAAUAUUCCAUCAAAUUUGCUACUGUACAAAGCAACAGAUUGGAAGAAUUUACCACUGAUGUUACUUGCUUUAACUGCAGGGGCAAAAGUAAACUGGCUAAAUGAAGAGGAUGAAUUAAAAACAAGUUUGCAUCAAUCUGUUGAAGCGGGUUUUCUCGCUGGCACAGAGUUCCUAUUACAAAAUGGUGCAAAGAUUAAUCUUCGUGAUUCCAGAGGGCGUGCAGCCUUACAUCAUGCUGCUCUACUGGGUCAAACUGGGGAGGCAUGUUUGUUGUUAAAGAAGGGUGCCAAUCAACAUGCUAUUGAUGAAAGUGGACAGGACCCACUGAUGAUAGCAUUGUCCCAAAUGCAUGCUGAUAUUGUCACACUGUUGAGGUUGUCGAGGUUAAAUGAUGAAAUGAAGGAAUCUAGUGAUAACACUGAGAAACUCGGUGAUAACACCUUCACUGAUGUUGUAAGAGACUUUUCAAAUAUUGCAUCACUAAACCCUGAGAGGUUGCAAAGGAAAUACGACCCUGAUAGACAUACAAAUGUUUAGCAAGUCCACGCACAG